AUGGCUACCCCCAUGUCUACCACCUCCCAGGACGAGUCGGCGAACAAGAAGCUCGAACAAAUCACCUUUCGCUUCUGCUCCGAAUGCUCCAACAUGCUCUACCCCAAGGAGGACGAGGAGACGCACCGUCUUCAAUUCACCUGCCGAACCUGCCAGUUCACCGAGGAAGCCCAGUCGACUUGCGUCUUCCGCAACGUCAUGAACAACGCUGCCGGCGAGACGGCUGGUGUGACCCAGGAUGUGGGCUCAGAUCCUACCGUAGGUGAUUCCCAGUGUGUUCUUGCCCCUGUUGUUUGCAUCGGGUGCGGCCAUGCCAUCUUGUGCACUGGCUGCGGCAACCCGUCCGACGACUUCAACGUCUCGGCCGUCGUUGUCCAACCCGCCGAUUCCCAGAGCAAGAAGACGGAGAUCACGUGGGACGACCUGAUGGAUAUGGCCGAAGAUGAGGCGCUCGACGAAUACGACGAAGAGAAGGAGUCGGUCACCUCGGACGAUAUCAACCUGGGCUUAGCGGGUAUCGCCCUUACCCGGGGCCCCGACACGGCGAACCGCAACGUCUCGUGGCCGACCUUCCAGCUGGCGCUUCCACGAUCAAACAAGGAAUGCCCCGUCUGCAAGGGCGGCGAGGCUGUCUUCUUCCAGUCUCAGCAGCGAAGUGCCGAGACGGGUAUGAAACUGUUCUAUGUUUGCUGCGAUUGCGGUCACAUCUUCCAGUAA